AUGACACAUCUGAAGAAUGGACUUUAUAGAAGAGUAAUCUAUCGGAACAAUACCCUUACCGAUCUAUUAACAACAAGUAGAUCUACGCCAGGAGAAUUAGUAAUGUGUCAGGAGAAAUUAGUGCAAGAAGCCGUGGAUACACUUCUUGAUAAUGAAAUCCGGGGACAACCAAUGAGAGACGGUCAUAAUAAAGUUUACAAGUCAUUUUCUGAUGUAAUUGAAGGCAAAAAGGGAAGAUUUCGUGAGACUCUGCUUGGCAAACGAGUCGAUUAUUCAGGACGUUCUGUCAUUGUCGUCGGUCCUUCACUUUCAUUACAUCGAUGUGGAUUGCCUCGUGAAAUAGCAAUAGAACUUUUCCAGACAUUUGUAAUUCGUGGUCUAAUUAGACAACAUCUUGCUUCAAACAUAGGAGUUGCUAAGAGUAAAAUUCGAGAAAAAGAACCGAUUGUAUGGGAAAUCCUUCAAGAAGUUAUGCAGGGACAUCCUGUAUUGCUGAAUAGAGCACCCACUCUGCAUAGAUUAGGCAUACAGGCAUUCCAACCCGUUUUAGUGGAGGGGCGCGCUAUUUGUUUACAUCCAUUAGUUUGCAAGGGAUUCAAUGCCGAUUUUGAUGGAGAUCAAAUUGCUAUUCAUGUACCUUUAUCCUUGGACGCUCAAGUAGAGGCCCGUUUACUUAUGCUUUCUCGUAUGAAUCUUUUGUCUCCGGCUAUUGGGGAUCCCAUUUCCGUACCAACGCAAGAUAUGCUUAUUGGACUCUAUGUAUUAACGAGCGGUAUGGACAACUAUCUCUCGAGCACAGGUUUAGGUUCGGCCUCAAUGGGAAAAUAA